AAGCAGGAGUUGAAGGAAAAACCACAGACAGCACUUUUUACUGAAGUUGUCCAAGUUGUAUUCAUGUAAAAGCAGGAACCGUGGUCAUAGGGCCUCAAUCAAUGGAAUAAAACCAGUUUACUCCAUCAAUUGAACACAAGAUUUUUUGUGGGGUGGGGAACUGCCGGCAUCUCCUAAGUGGCUCCAGAGGCUUUUACACCACUUCUCAUGGGAGAAGAUUUAUUUUCACCUCCUGGCUGUGAAGAGCAGACAACCAUCUCCUAUGAAAUAAAAUCCAGAGGUACUUUCUACCACGGAAGAAGGCAUCUCAUUGGAUAUCUGUAUGCUCAAGCCCAAGAGCAGCAAUGGAAGCCCGGCCUGCAUCGGCCUGGGUCCUGCUGCUGAGCCUAAUUACUGACUGUCUCAAGCUGGUCCAGCCUCGGGAGUUCACAGUGAAAGAUAUCAUCUACCUCCAUCCUUCAACAACACCCUAUCCUGGUGGGUUCAAAUGUUUUACGUGUGAAAAUGCAGCAGAUAAUUACGAGUGCAACCGCUGGGCUCCGGACGUCUAUUGCCCAAGAGCCAGGGGACCUGUUUCCCGACUGUCAGCAACUCGUCAGACUGACCGAGGAACACAGUACUGUUACACAAGACAUAAAAUGAAUGCAAAGGGUGACAGUUCAUUGGUCACAAAGCGAUGUGUCACUCUGAAGGAGUGUUUAUCUGUUGGAUGCACGGAACUUGAUAAUGAAGGAAACAAGGUGAAUAGGUCUGCACCUCAUGUUGUGAAGGGACAAUCUGUAACCUCCCAUUACCUAGAAACACCUCCCAGGCAGUAUUUGCAACACUCUCUCCUAUAAAUCAAACAUCUCGACAUUUGUUUCAUUCUGCAGUGACUUUAACAUGCUUCAGUCUUUUGUUCCUGCUUGUGGUAUAGCUGGUGCUAUUUUAUGCUUUCAUGUACAGCAUUGUCUAACAUAGUAUUUAUUUUUGUAUGAUACAUUUAUACAGUGAAAUAUCUUAUAUGCUGUAAAGAAGGGUUAUAAAGUUCUCAUUUUCCUCACAAUAAAUAUGAGUUAAACUGUU